AUGGGUUUCAUCGGCAAUGCGCUUUAUUACUCCUUCCACCCUAUGCAAUUGAGAGCGAUUAUCCAAUGGAAAGUUUGGCACAAUCCGCCCCAUGAGCGCAACGAAAGCAAAGAGACCGAAAACCAAAAGCUUUGCUUCAAAUUUCUUGAGAAGACCAGCCGAAGCUUCAGUGCUGUGAUCAAGGAGCUGCACCCUGAGCUUUUGAUUCCCAUCUGCAUCUUCUACCUUGUCCUUCGUGGACUAGACACCAUCGAGGAUGACACUUCCAUUCCCUUGGCCACCAAGGAACCCCUUCUCAGGGAUUUCAAGAACAUUCUGACGCAAGAGGGCUGGACAUUCACCGGCAACCGACCGGAAGAGAAGGAUCGUGAGCUGCUGGUUCGGUUCAACCACGUCAUCACCGAGUUCGUGAACAUGAAGCCUGAAUAUCAGGUCAUCAUCAAGGACAUCACAGACAAAAUGGGCAAUGGAAUGGCCGACUACGCGGUCAAGGCCGAACACGAUGAUGCCAGCGUGAAGACUAAGGAGGAGUACGACCUGUAUUGCCACUAUGUUGCUGGUUUGGUUGGCGAGGGUCUCACUCGCCUCUUUGUGGAGGCGGACUUCGGCAACCCUGCUCUUCUGAAGCGUCCCAGACUCCACAAGUCUAUGGGACUUUUCCUCCAGAAGACCAACAUCAUCCGCGACAUCCGGGAGGACUUCGACGAUAACCGCCGAUUCUGGCCCCAGGAGAUUUGGUCUAAACACGUUGACAACUUUGAGGAUCUUUUCAAGCCUGAGCACCUUGAUGCCGCUCUCAACUGUAACUCCGAGAUGGUUUUGAACGCUCUUGAGCACGCCGAGGAGUGUCUCUUUUACCUGGCUGGUCUGCGCGAGCAGAGCGUUUUCAACUUCUGUGCAAUCCCGCAGUCUAUGGCUAUUGCAACUAUGGAAUUGUGCUUCCGUAACCCCGAAAUCUUCAAGAAGAACAUCAAGAUCACCAAGGGUGACGCUUGUGAUCUUAUGCACAAGUCGACCCAGAACCUCAGCGUCCUUUGCGACACUUUCCGGGUUUACACUCGCAAAAUCCACAAGAAGAACACCCCUAAGGACCCCAACUUCCUCAAGAUCAGCAUCGUCUGUGGACAGAUCGAGAAGUUCAUCGAAACGAUCUUCCCGACACAAAGCGCCGAGGCCGCUCAACGCAAGGUUACUGGCGAGCUUACUGAGGCAGAAGCCCAAAGGAAGCAGGAAGACGCCCAGAACAAGGAUGACGUUUGGUUCAUGAUGGCGCUCAUGGGUGUUAUUGUCGUCAUCGUCGCUGGCCUGAUGAUCUUUGCGGCGUGGAUGAUGGGUGCUCGGUUUGACCUUGCUUUUAAGGAACUCUCCCAAGGCAACUUCCGCCCACCCAAACCCGUUGAGCAUGGCGAGCUUUGA